CACGCUCUCGACUAGCAUCGAGUGUCCAAAACAGUUAAACACCCAUUUGGGGAUAGUGUGGGCUAUUUUUCUUUCAACCCUCUCUGUAGCGUCGUUGAAUGUAGCGUGGCCUUCCCCAGCCCCUUUUUAUGUUGCGAUUUGCAAGGUCAUUCUGUAAUUUGUAUUAAUAUAUUUUAUUAAUUGCAUUUUAAUAUGAGCGGAUCGGCCAGUAAGAACGGCAAGUAGAUUCAAUCAGAAAAGGUCGCACAGCUGCUUAAUGAAAGAGCAGUCACAAAAUGUUCCAGGGUCUCACAUUCAGACAGCUCAAUGAGCUGAUUUUGCUGCUGAGAUUUUGAAACAGGAAGGGUCAGAAUUGAGAAGAUCAAAGGAACACUUGUGCCAGAUAUAAGUUUCAACUAAUAUAAUGGCUGAGAGGGUGAAUCAUCUACCCUAUUUCUAUGGCAGCAUUACACGGGAUGAAGCGGAGGACUUUCUGAAGCAGGCUGGAAUGGCUGAUGGCCUCUACCUUUUGCGUCAGAGUCGUAACUACCUAGGGGGCUUUGCGUUGUCGAUAGCAUAUAAUUAUAAGUGUUAUCACUAUACAAUAGAAAAAGAAUUAAGUGGAAGUUAUCUCAUAACUGGAGGAAAGUCCCACAAGAGUCCUGUAGAUAUUGUUGAAUACCAUACCGAAGAGACAGAUGGUCUCAUCUGUCUUCUGAAAAAACCAUGCAAUCGACCAAAGGGAAUCAAACCAAAAAGUGGGCCAUUUGAAGACCUGAAGGACCAUCUGAUCAGGGAAUACGUUCAACAGACGUGGAACUUACAGGGAGAUGCUCUUGAACAGGCGAUUAUUAGUCAAAAGCCUCAACUGGAGAAACUAAUUGCGACAACAGCUCAUGAGCGAAUGCCCUGGUUCCAUGGGAAGAAAUCGCGAGAUGAUGCUGAGCGUUGCAUUCUAAGAGGUCCACGGACCAAUGGAAAAUUUUUAAUAAGAGAUCGUGAUGACAAGGGAUCGUAUGCUCUCUGCUUAAUUCAUGAGGGUAAAACAUAUCAUUACCGAAUUGACAGGGACAAAACAGGGAAACUAUCCAUUCCAGAUGGGAAAAAAUUUGACACCCUCUGGCAGAUGGUUGACCAUUAUUAUUACAAGUCUGACGGUCUUCUUCAAGUUCUCACUGAACCGUGUCCAAAUCCUGAUCAUCCAGUUGAUGCCUUUGGGUUAACUCCUGCACCACCAGUUCCAAGUAACCAUCCUCAGCAAGAGGGCAAAGGUGGAAUAUUCUCAAGGAUCAAAUCCUCAUCCUUUCCAAAGUCUGGUUCCAAAAAGAAGUCACCCAUGGCUGAUCGCUCUGUUAGUGCAGCAACCCUUAACCCAUACAUGACCAGGCCCAAUAGACUGGCUGGAGCAGCAGGAGCAGGUACUCAAAGAGAUGCCAUGCCAAUGGAUACCAAUGUCUAUGAAAGUCCAUAUGCCGACCCUGAUGAGCUGCAGGAAAAGACGCUAUACUUGAAAAAUGAUUGCCUUAUAUUGGAAGAAAAGGAGCUUGGGUCUGGUAACUUUGGUACAGUAAAGAAAGGAGUCUACAAAAUGAGGAAGAAAAAUAUAAGUGUAGCAGUAAAAGUGUUGAAGAGUGAUGAUCCUGCAGUAAAGGAUGAGCUGAUGAAGGAGGCAAACUUCAUGCAUCAGCUUGAUAACCCUUACAUUGUCCGCAUGAUUGGCAUAUGUGAAUGGGAGUGUUUGAUGCUGGUGAUGGAACUCGCAGAACAAGGCCAACUGAACAAAUUUCUACAGGCUCACAGAGAUGUUAGUGUAACCAACAUAGUUGAAUUAGUACAUCAAGUGUCCAUGGGUAUGAAGUACUUGGAAGAGAAAAACUAUGUUCACAGGGAUUUGGCUGCAAGGAAUGUUCUUCUCGUAACUCAGCAUUAUGCUAAAAUCAGUGACUUUGGCCUGUCGAAGGCCAUAAACUCUGAGGAGAAUUACUACAAGGCCAAAAGUACAGGCAAAUGGCCAAUAAAGUGGUACUCACCAGAAUCCAUUAACUACUUCAAGUUUUCCAGCAAAAGUGAUGUCUGGAGUUUUGGUGUGAUGAUGUGGGAAGCAUUUUCCUAUGGCAUGAAGCCAUACAAAGGAAUGAAAGGCCAAGAAGUUGUACAAAUGAUUGAAUCGGGUGGACGACUGGAUGCUCCAAUCAGAUGUCCUGCUGAAAUGUAUGAAUUGAUGCGAGAAUGUUGGACGUACAAAGCUAAUGAGCGACCAGGAUUUGUCACUGUGGAGCACAGGCUACGUGAAUACUACUACACUGUUUCAAAGGAGUAGAAUGCUUAAUAAUAAUCUCACUGAGAAACUUUUAAACAGGACUUAAAAAGAUUUGGAUUUUCUAUGCUAUUCAUAUGCAACUUAUGCUCAUUGAUCAACAUGAAACUGCCUCAUUAUAUUUUCUAUAUAUGUGAUUUAAAAAUGGCCAAAAUUUUGGUAGCUGCAAAGGGUGGAAUGCUCUGUUUACAUCUUGGAGAUCAGGAAUUUAGGUGCCAGGAUCCUGCCUAUUUGCUGUUGCUCUUUAAAUUUUAAUUGGUGGGACCAUGAUCUUCCAGCCAUGUCUAGAGGACUGUUUGAUUAGAUCGUCCCAUGAGCUGGAUUUUACCAGCCCCCUCGAGCCGGGCCUUGCAAAAUUGUGGCAGAAGGCACAAAAGACUGCACCCUCCAACAAUACAGCAUUCCUUCACCACUGCAGUGGAGUAUCAAACUAGAUUACCAGCUUAAGUCCAGGGGCUGAUUUUUACGCUGAUUGUGUGGGUGCGCGCCCAACCCGAUUGGGCGUGAAAUCACGCAAAAUAUCGUAGGGUGAGCGUCCCACCAUCAUUCCCUGCUCGCACGAUAUUUUGGUCGGCUGGUGCAUGCAAAAGUUGGAAGCGCACCCGCCAACAAUUAAGAGGGCAAUCAAGCCCUCAAAUGGCAUAAUUAUCUGUCAUUUAACAUAGCCUGCCCAACCUUACAGUUGGCGGGUUGGCGAAUCAGCCAGGCGGCCUUUACAUAUUUCAUCAAACCUCAUCCAAAGGCGAGAUGAGGUUUCUGUUAUUAAAUAAAAUAAAA